GGAAGGGAAGGGAAAUAUUCAACGGAAAUGACAAACAAAAGUUAAACUGCCAGAAACUGACGCCUCAUAUUUGAAAGCUAUCAUAGAGGUAGUUUUUUGAAUCCUAAAGUUUGUUUAUUUGCUGUAAUUGGACAUAUUUAGACGGCUGGAUAUAAAUUAUGGACCAACAAAUUUCUUGGCCUAACUAACAUUAACACACGACGUGGCUUUAGAACGAUGACAUACCAACAAAGUAAUGAUGUUUACAUAAAAGAAGAAGAAGAUGCAGAGAGCUAUCAUGCAUCAAGUGAAGUCAGAUGUGAGAAAUCGUGUCACGAGUCUCAAGUAGAUAGCAGAUAUGAUUCUGGUGUCAGGAAUAGUUUCCCAUUUAUUGUGAAGGAAGAAGCUCUUUCGGAUCAAGAAAGUAGAAACAGCUGUGGAGAAGAGGAGGAUCAGUCUCUGGAGAAUACAGGAAGGAUAGGUAAUGAGCAAGAUGAAAUGCAAAAUGUUGAUAAUUAUCAAAGGAGAAAUAAUGAUUUUUCAAUGAGAGAGGAGUUUGAAAAUGAGAAUAGAAAUUAUGACAUUAAGAUAGAGAAUGAACUUGAGGAAACAAGUUCUGAGGAAGAGCAAGUACAAGAAAUGUUAGAAAGGGAUUUUGGGGCUGAGCGUGAAAGAAGAUAUUCUGAUGAUGAUGAUGAUGAUUUUGAAGAAGUUGAUGAGUUUUAUGAAGAAGAAGAAGUAAUUGGUUGUGUGACUGAUAGAGGUCUUAAUGAUGAUAGUAAGAGGACACUUGAUUUUUCUGAUUCAAUGGAAAAUGGAAGUGAUGAUGAUUAUAAUGACACAGGAGAAAGCCCAUCCACUCCUGAGGCAAAUGAAGAAUCCAUGUUUGCAUGCGAGAAGUGUCCAAAAACAUUUAAGUCUCUUCAAGGUUACAAAAAGCAUAAAUUGAGUCACAGAAAACAAAGAUUGUACUCUUGUUCAUAUUGCACUGAAAUUUAUAGAUUUAAAAAGGAUUUUAUGAGUCAUAUGUGCUUGCAUUUGAAUACAAUCUGUACGGUAUGUGGCAAAAAGUUGAAUGACGUUGAAGCAUUGUUGAGACACGUCAAAGUCCAUUCUGGUGAAAAACCUUAUGAAUGCAAGACUUGUAAGAAAAGGUUUCUGGAGAAAGGAAAUCUUGAUGUGCACAAACGAAUACACACAAAGGAGAAGCCAUACACAUGCUCUCAUUGUGGAAAAACCUUCUCAGAUCCAAGCAAUUUCAACAGACACAAGAAAAGUCAUUCUGGUAUUGAAGUUUCAAAGGCCUAUCAAUGCAAAAUUUGCAAUGAAAGGUUUACCAGAUCAACAAGUUUGUAUCGCCAUUAUGUGCGCCUUCAUAGAGGUGAAGAAGAAAUUCUUGGUGAUGAUCUGGCUUUGGGAGAAGAGAAGAAUUUCCCAGAUGACUUCAAGAAACAGUCAUGUCGAUUCUGCGGCAAGAAAUUUGGCACGCGGGAAACACUCGGGAAACACGAAUUACUCCACAAGGAAUGCGACAUAUUACGCUGUAAGUAUUGCCGCAAGUUAUUUUCCACAAAGGAGAGUUUAUACCAACACGGAAAAGUGCAUAAUUAUAAUUUAGAUUGCAAAUACUGUGGAGCGAGUUUCAAUCGCAGAGAGUCGCUUGUAGGACACGAGAGAAUACACGAGAACACGCGCCCAUUCGCGUGUACUGAAUGUGAUGCUCAAUUCACUUUGAAAAGAUCGCUUACGAGGCACAAACAAAUCCAUAGCGGUGUAAAACCACACGGUUGCAAUACUUGCGGUAAGCGGUUCCAUCGUUCCAGUGAUCUGACCGUUCAUAAGCGGACGCAUUCGGACGAAAAACCGUAUUCUUGUGAAAAGUGCGGACACAAUUUUGCAGCACAGACAAAUUUUGCAAAACACGCGCGGUUUUGCGGUCAAAAGAAGAGGAAAGUUACAAGAAAAAGAAAGGUAGCCGAAGAAUGAGUAUGCUCACAUGACGUCAUAGACCAUUAUUGAAUUUAGAAGACACAUUUUAGAUCAUGUUUUAUAAUGUAUGUUGUUUAAUAAUGUUUUGUAGACUGUCAAAUUUCCAGAGGGGUCACUUAGGGGUGUGGGGGAGGGGAGCCCUUGCUA